CCUUCCUGCGCCGCCUGCUUCUGGAGCCACACAUUGCCAUCUUCUCAGCUUCCUAACAGAUAUAUAAUAAAGCCUUUGUGGUGAUGAUGAUGCCCAUCCUCUAGAAAGCUCCUUCAGGGGGACCAGCAGCACAGGCUCCUCUUCAUCUCCCGGGAAGGGUGCGCGUCAGAGGAAGCCUCCUGCGAACACGAAUGGGGGAAGAAGAAAAAGCCACCGGGCUCCCCAGAGAGCGCGCGCGGCCAGAGGGUGGGGGCGGGGGGAGGCGAGGCAGGAACCCCAGGAACCCGGAGCGCCGACUUCUUCCCUCGCCCACCUCGCGCGGCCUGAGGGAAGCCCGCCAAAGCCAGGCAGGGGGCGGAGCCACGGCCCUUUUAUUAGCCGAGGGCGCAGGAGGCGCCGGGCGAGAGAAUGGAGAACGCCGGCCUGAGGAACAGCCAAGCCAAGGUGGCUCCUCCGCCGCUGGAGAAGGGCUUCGGCAGCGACGGGCCCGAGAAGAAGAACUCCGCCGCGGUGCCCAUGCUGGCGGCUAUGGAGGUGGCGGACGAGCCGGAGAAAGCGGCGGCGCUCAGGGCGAAAGUCAAGGAGCCCAACCCCUACAAAGUCCUCUCCCUGGUAUUAUGUGUCAUUGUGCUAACAACAAUCCUGGGAUGUAUAUUUGGGUUGAAACCUAGCUGUACAAGAGAUGUCAAAACCUGCAAAGGCCGUUGCUAUGAGAGAACAUUUGGAAGUUGCCGCUGCGACAAAGAAUGUGUUAAACUUGGAAACUGCUGUUUAGAUUUCCAAGAAGCCUGUAUAGAACCGGCUCAUAUAUGGAACUGUACCAAAUUUCGGUGUGGGGAGAAGAACCGGCCAGAGUACCUCUGCUCCUGUUCAGAAGACUGUGUGAAAAAUAACAACUGCUGUGUCAAUUAUUACUCAGUGUGUGAAGGAAGGACAAGCUGGCUUGAAGAAAAAUGUGAGGACUUAAAUGAACCCCAGUGCCCAGAAGGGUUUUCAAAACCUCCACUGUUGUUGUUUUCCUUGGAUGGAUUCAGAGCUGAGUAUUUGCACACAUGGGGUAGACUUCUUCCUGUUAUUAACAAAUUACGAAAAUGUGGAACAUACGCUCAUGGCAUGAGACCAGUGUACCCAUCAAAAACAUUUCCCAAUCAUUACAGCAUUGUCACGGGCUUAUACCCAGAAUCCCAUGGUCUAGUGGAUAAUAAAAUGUACGACCCAAAGAGAAAUGCUAUCUUCACUCUCAGAAACGUAGAGAAGUUUAAUCCACAGUGGUACCAAGGACAGCCAAUCUGGUUGACAGCUAUGUAUCAAGGACUAAAAUCUGCCACGUUCUUCUGGCCUGGUUCAGAUGUCGCCGUUAAUGGAAGUUUUCCAGACAUCUAUAAAGUAUACAAUGGGUCAGUGCCAUAUGGAGAAAGAGUAAUGACUUUGCUUAAAUGGCUACAGUUACCAGAAGAGGAAAGACCACACCUUUACACUCUGUAUUUAGAAGAACCAGAUUCCUCAGGCCACAGAUAUGGACCAGUUAGCAGUGAAGUCAUUCUUGCAUUACAGAGAGUAGACAGCAUAGUUGGGCUACUGAUGGAUGGACUUAAGCAGAUGAACCUCCACAAUUGCAUUAACAUUAUUCUGCUUUCUGAUCAUGGAAUGGAGGCAGCAAGCUGCAGCAAAUCAGCAUACCUAAAUACAUACUUGGAUAGUGUUCAAGACUUGUUUGUAGUACCUGGACCUGCAGCUCGCUUGAGACCCCAAAAAGUUCCAGAUGAGUAUUACUCUUUUGAUUACGAAGGCAUUGUAAGAAACCUUACAUGCUUGGUUCCAAAUCAACCUUUCAAGGCAUACCUGAAGCAACUGCUCCCCAAGCGAUUUCAUUAUGCCAAGAAUGACCGGAUUGAGCCAGUGCAUUUUUAUAUGGACAAGCAAUGGCAGCUUGCUCGGAUGCCCUCUGAGCUCAAGUAUUGCACUGGUGGAUUCCAUGGGUCAGACAAUGCAUUUGCAAAUAUGCAGGCUCUGUUUAUUGGGUUUGGACCUGGAUUCAAGAUUCAAAAUGAAGUUGAUCCCUUCGAAAACAUUGAGAUCUACAAUUUAAUGUGUGAUCUACUCGGCUUGACACCGGCUCCCAACAAUGGAACCCAUGGAAGCCUCAACCAUCUUUUAAAGAAGGCCAGUUAUAUGCCGAUACAUCCCAAGGAAGAAAGCCUUCCUUCGACAUGCCCUUCCACACAACAGAGAACCUCUGCAGAUAACCGUGGCUGCCCAUGUGAUUUUUUCAGCUUGCCACAGAUUCAACAACAGAUAACUUUCAAUACUUCAGAAAUAAAGAAGAUUGAAAAAUACAGUUUGCCAUUUGGGAGGCCCAGAGUGCUCCAAAAGAAGCAGGUCUAUUGCCUUCUUCACAGCUACCAUUAUGUAAAUGGCUUCAGCCACAAGAUCAAGAUGCCUUUGUGGAGUGCCUAUAUGGUUAACAAGCAUGACAAUUGGACUGGAUCUUCAGAAGCCACCCCAAGCUGCUUCAAUGUCGACAGUCGCAUUCCUUCGAACCGCAGCCAGAUGUGUUCAUUUUACAAAAGUCACCCCCAGCUAAACUAUGGAUUUCUUUUCCCACCAAAUCUGAUAAAGGAUGAAAGAUACAGUAAAAUCGAAGCAUUCUUAUCAAGCAAUAUUGUACCAAUGUACCAUGCUUUCCAUGUGAUAUGGAACUACUUUAAUGCGGUCUUACUGCCAGCCUAUGCUGCAGCCAGAAAUGGUGUCCAUGUCAUUGCUGGCCCUGUGUUUGAUUACGACUACAAUGGCUUGCAUGAUACACCUGAGGAAGUGAAAAGGCUCACAAGUAAUCCAGAAGUCCUCAUUCCAACUCACUACUUUAUUAUCUUGACAAGUUGUAAAAAUAUUUCCCAGACUCCUUGGCAAUGUGAAGGGUCUCUUGACGUUGCAUCUUAUGUUAUACCUCACAAAGAAGACAACAGUGAAAGCUGCGCAAAUGGCAAGCCUGAGUCCUCGUGGGUGGAAGAGAGAAUUAAGUUCCAUGCAACCCGAGUCAGAGAUGUGGAACUUCUUACGGGACUAAGUUUCUACCAUGACAGAAAACAGCCUGUACCCGACAUAUUACAGCUAAAAACUUAUUUGCCAAGCUUGGACAAGGCCUAAUGUGAGUUUCUAUACAGAAAGAGAGAGAAAGAAAGAAACUAUAUUGCACAAAGUAAAUGUUUUAAUCAUGCUGGAAGAUACUUUUUUUUGAAGAUGCUUGAGCAAAAUGGGAGCUGGAAAGACUCUCUGCCACAUUUGUAUCUCAGGGACAUUUUAUGGACCAACUAUAGCAAAAGAGAACAUCUUCUCCCAGCCUGUUAUCCACAUGAAUGAGGUGGAAAAUUUUUGUAUAUUAUUAAAGUCAUUCUGCCAGCCAUACGUAAAUGGACGCACAUGCAACGUCAACAGCUCUUUUCAAUUCCAUUUAAGUGUUCUGGAAUUACUUUAUUUUUGUUUAUAGUGGAUUAUUUGUGUUAAUAGUGGAUUCACUAAAAGUGAAACAACUGGCAUGUAUAUUUUUAAAAAAAGAAGAAAUAAUAUAAAUACUAAAUAAAGAUACAGCUAUGUUCCGGA